AUGACACAAGAAAAGAUGAUAAACGAUAUGUACCCGCUAGCCACGCUGCUUAUAUAUGCAACAAACCAGCAAGUGACCCGAGAGAAGAUCGACGCCGUGUUCAAGUUCUUUGGGCUUGAGAGUCACCCGAAGAUCUGCGAGUUUUUUGAGAUGGAUGCACUUGAGAUUAAGAAUCUGCUGAUGAGUAGUACUCAGGAGUCAGCAGCACCUAUGGAAGGAAAGGGCACGUCCUCUGCACCAGAAGAGGCAAAGAAGGAGGAGGAGCCUGAAGAGGAAGACAUUGAGAUUGAUUUCGGAAUGUUCUGA